UUUACACACUCAGCUCACACAGCCUGCGGGGUUGCACGCUCGGCACACGUGGGUCAGGGGGUUGCCCAUUCUGCUCUCACAGGCCGGGGUGUGCACGCUUGCCUCGCACACAUGGGUCAGUGGGCAUGCUUGGGCUGGGGGUUGCACGCUUGGCUUGCACGCCCAUGUUUGCAGUAGCUCCCCUGCGAUGCACACACGUGUGCCCGGGAUUUGCACACCCCCAUCCCACACACAUGGGCCUGCUCAGCUCCUACCCCUUCCUGCAGGGAACCCAGGCGUCCUGCACCCAGGGGUGGGUAAUGGGGCGCUGGGAUCUUGCCGGGGGGGUGGCCUGGCUCUGACCUCUGCCCCCCGCAGUACCUGGGCCACGCGGAGGUGGAGGAGUCCCGGGGGAUGCACGUGUGCGAAGAGGCCGUGAAGAAGCUGAAAACAAGCGGGCGCAAGUCGGUGAAGUCGGUUCUGUGGGUGUCGGCCGACGGGCUGCGGGUCGUGGACGACAAAACAAAGGAUCUCAUCGUCGACCAGACCAUUGAGAAGGUUUCGUUCUGCGCCCCCGACCGCAACUUCGACAAGGCCUUUUCCUACAUCUGCCGCGACGGCACCACGCGCCGCUGGAUCUGCCACUGCUUCCUGGCCCUCAAGGACUCG